AGGCUUAGUUGCGUGCUGCACCCCCUAAAAACUUGUACGUGCAGGGGUUUCAGUAAAGGCCCCGGAAGCCUAUCCACGACUCAAAACUCGAGCUUAUUUCUCGGGUAGGCUGGUCAGUGGUAAAUUUCUCCCGCGCUGACGGGCAGGGUGAAAGUGCGAACAGAAGUCUGGGAAGCCGUAUUUCCCAGGCAUUUGCUAGUACAGGUACGUACGGUGUUUCUCACCUCCUGACCAGCCCGGCGCAAUAGAGCAGGUUGCUAAUCAAUGAGGCGAGCUGGGAAGGACUAUGGGUUUCGGGCCAACGACCACUUAUUACCCGCCUAAAGCCUGACAGCUCCAGCAUCUAGGGCAUCCUAACCGCCAGAUACCGACUGGUGCAGGCCCCAGACUCCAAGCACGAAGCCAUACUAGCCAGCAGGGAGUGGUCUACACCUAUAAACCGAAAGCGAGGAUGUCCUCCGUAAAAGUUUCAGUGACUGAAAUCUACGGCGCAAGUUCUUUAACAGGCUUAUUUAUAGUAGCUUUAGGCAGCCUACUCUAAGCCUUCUGAUUGGCUCGAAGCAAAGUAAGGAAGCAGCCAAUGAAAAGCUAGACCUGCAAGUAUCUUUUACAUCCGCAUUUGUGACGACACACUAAAAUUAAUCCAAUCGCGGACGAAAUCUUACUAACCUCAUUUGAAUACCGCAUCUAUAAAUAAACGUGGCUUUGGUGUCGCGAGUUAUUUUCCCAGCUCUUAGUUAUAGCGUGUUAACUUCACGGCGCAAUGCCUGAACCCACCAAAUCCGCCCCGGCCCCGAAGAAGGGCUCGAAGAAGGCGGUGACCAAGGCGCAGAAGAAGGACGGCAAGAAGCGCAAGCGCAGCCGCAAGGAGAGCUACUCGGUGUACGUGUACAAGGUGCUGAAGCAGGUGCACCCCGACACCGGCAUCUCGUCCAAGGCCAUGGGCAUCAUGAACUCGUUCGUCAACGACAUCUUCGAGCGCAUCGCGGGCGAGGCGUCGCGCCUGGCGCAUUACAACAAGCGCUCGACCAUCACGUCCCGGGAGAUCCAGACGGCCGUGCGCCUGCUGCUGCCCGGGGAGCUGGCCAAGCACGCCGUGUCCGAGGGCACCAAGGCCGUCACCAAGUACACCAGCUCCAAGUAGACUUGCCAAAUGAACAACUUCAGCAGUCUCCUCCUUGACUUAUACUCCCACUGCCCUCCACACCCUGGCGGCAGAAAAGAAGACUUAGGAGAGGUGGAGAUCACGCUGGGGAAAGUUCAGAGUUCUUAACCUUCAUUUUGGUGGCGUGGGCACACAGCGCUACAUAGAAGAAAACGCUCCCUUUGCUUUACGUGGACAGCGGCACUUGACUGACCUUUCCUUUCACCAACCAUGAAAUUCGCUACCGUGGAAAGGGAACAGGAAUUGUAGAAAAGUGAAGGACUAACGUUUUCAAAUUUUGUCUAAAAGUUUAACCGUGAAUGUUAAGCUGCAUUUCAUAAAUACAAAACAAUAAAAGUAUCACAGCCAAAUGGUGGCUAUUUUUUAGGAAUAGGGAGAAGAAGGAAGGUGAGAGGGACUGAGAAAAAGAAUGGAAGAAGCAAAUGGCUACUGCGAAAGGGAGCGCCAAAGCCUGAAGACCAAGGGGAAGGCACAGAGGAAGAUAGUAGGAGAAAGCAGAGAGGGAAAAGAGGGAGAUGAAGAGCUAGACCUUGUUACGUGUUUGACACUUCAACUGGGAAUAGCACAUUUUACGUGCUGACAUUCGCCCCACAUUUCUUGGGUUUGGGGGUGAGUGGAUGGUUACAAUGUCACCACAUCUGGGAGACACUCUCUGACCAGCAAAUGCACAUGGUGCCCUUCAAUCCGGCUCUAAACUUGUUCUGUUCAUUCUUCUUCAUUACCCUUAGCAUAACUGACAUGAAUUUGCAUAUUCUUGGUUUUCUCUUCCCAUUCUCCAGGCUCUAAGGUCCAUUGGGCAGAGUUAGUCCUUUUUGCUGCUGACUCCCCAAUGCCUAAGGCUGUUCCAGACACACAGUAGGCUCUCCAUUAGGAUUUACAGCAAUCAUAACGAGGUAAAGUACACAUAUAACAACAGGGACAGGGGCCAGAGGUGAGUUGUUGCAAUGGCUCCAAAGAAUGAGAGACAGCAUUCCUGAGUCUCACUUUCCACAUCUACACAACAAAAAUAAUAGUAUACUACUUCUUAGAGCUAUUUUAAGGAUUAAGUAAGAUAAUUCAUGCAAAGCUCUUAAAUCAGUCUUGAAAUAAUUUUGUAAGUGCUUAGCCAAUGUUAACGAGUAUUAGAUUUCUUUAGUCAUUGAAUUAAAAUGAAAUCAGAGGGGCCAAUUCUCUUCAGGUCAGAAACUAAAAGAAGAAAAUGCAAGCCUUUGAACUGCUUGAAUUCCACCUGUGGAAGGAUAACUGGAGGAUUUGGAACAAAGAUCUUAUUGUCCAGGGUUCUCUUUACUGGUUUGAGUCAUGUGUUCAUGCUAAAAAUGACUAAAGUGUAGGUAAUAUUGGAGCAGAGAUUCAUUAUACAAGCACAUGUAAAAAACAAAACAAAACAAAAAAACAUCUUUCUUGUACAUCAAAGAGUAAGGCUGAUGGCAAAAUGGCACCUAACAAACCCUUUUUAUUUCUUCAAUUGGGGAGAGAUAUGAAUGCAGAGAAGAAAUGAAUGCAAACAGUAACUGAAAAGUGAAUCAGCCAUAGAAUUAUGAAGUAUGAAAAGUGAUCUGCCCGAGAAGGAUUGAUUAGUAUGAAUAUUCUGCCCGAAUUUAACCCAUCCUGGUUUGGUGUUCACGGAUUCAUUAGAAGGAGAGCCUUAGCGAAGAAGAAGAAACUAAACCGUGUUCUAGCAUUUUCGUUUUAUUUGUUGUUUUAAUUAUGAAAAUAGAAUUUACUGCUGUUACAGGCCUACAGAGAAUCAUUAUUUACCAUGGACUAUGUUUGCUGGAGAAGUCUAAAUGAGGAGGGCAAAAAGUCUGUAAAUGAGAUGUUAGGGUCAAUAAAAUUUGUGGAGAAAUGGAAUUCCA